AGAGGUCCUUGACAGAGUCUCUUCAAGUCUGCUCAGCUCGCUCGGUUCAAGCUUUAGCCACUGAAAUAUUCUCGUGCGAAUAAACUUCCUUUCUUGGACAUUCGGCAGCGCCCAUAGUCGUGGGAACACAUCGACCACAACUGUACAGCAGGACAAAAGCAGCACAUUCAGUGUGCCGACGUCGUCCUCAGCACUCUCAACGCCAACCCCCUCAACGUGCCGCCCUCAAGAUGGCCAAGACCGCUUCCGGAAAAGUUGCUGCUAAGCACAAGUUCGUGAUCGACUACUCCCGUCCUGCUGGUGACGGCGUUUUCGACGGUGCGGCUUUCGAAAAGUACCUCCAUGACCGUAUCAAGGUCGAUGGCAAGACUGGGCAGCUCGGCGAGAACGUCAAGAUUCACCGCGAUGGUGACACCAAAAUUACUGUGACCUCCAGCGUUGAGUUCUCCAAGCGUUACCUUAAGUACCUUACCAAGAAGUUCCUCAAGAAGAAUUCUCUCCGGGACUGGAUUCGCGUUGUUGCCGUCAACAAGGAUUCUUACCAGCUCCGCUUCUACAACAUCCAAACUGAAGAAAACGAGGAGGAAGAGGACUAGACUGUCCCUCGUUCUCUCAUUACUUGUAUUCAUGUCGUAGGGUAGUUCUAUUCAUGCAUUUCUAUGCGUUCAUCCAU